GCCAGCACCUUUUCAUCCAACGCCCACGUACACCAAUGGCACCAUAUCUUGAGACAGUCAAGUCCUUUGCGGACGUUCCGAUCACAGACGCUGGCGUCGAUACAGUUGCUUUCCUCGAAGCUGCACAGGGCGUCGUGGGCUUGUUCGACCUUCUGGGGUCAUCUGCCUUCAUUCCGGUUCAGAAUGACCUAAAGGGCAACAUCGCGAAAGUCCGUGCUCGGUACGAUGCCCACCCCGCCGAUUCCUCGACGCUAGAACUGCUUGUGGUGAACGAGAAGGGCGAGAAGAAGCGGACCGCUACCGAGGGCCUCAUGUGGCUCCUCCGCGGGCUCUCUUUCACCUGCAAAGCCCUCCAAGCGGCGCAGGCGAACCCAACCGAGGAGCUCUCAACGGCGUUUACCAAAUCGUACGAGAGCACGCUCAAAAAGUUUCACAACUUCGUCGUAAAGGGCAUCUUCUCGGUCGCGAUGAAGGCGUGCCCCUAUCGUGCCGAUUUCUACACGAAGCUCGCGGCUGACCCUGCCGGAGGACCUCCAGUUCCUGCCGAUAAGCUUAAUGAGGAGCUCAACAAAUGGCUCGCAGCCCUUGACCACAUCGUCAAGCGCUUGGAAGAUUUCUACGAAAAAGGUGGCCAUAACAAGGGAUUCUGAGGUAUGACGCACUGCAAUCACGAGACACCAUACACAUGUACAACACGACUCCACGGAAAUUGCAAUGAGGAUGUUUUCG